AUGAUAGGAGAACAUGAGACGGGGCUUUGUGGAGUGUGCCAGGAGGAGGAGGAGACGGUAGAGCAUGUAAUACUGCGGUGCAAGGGUUAUGAUGUGGAGAGGAAAGUUCUGCAGAAUAGAUUGAGGGAGCGGGGAAUCGGGGAAUUUAAUCUGAAGAGUGUGUUGGAGGGUAGUAGGGCACAGAGAAGAAGAAGAAGAAGAAGGAGAGAUGUCGCAAAGAGUGUCCUAUCAAGCGAUGACUUAAGCAAACUCAGCGUGGGUGAAGGAACCUCACUAGCUGAUCAGGUGGCUCUCACUAUAGGUCACCUUGGUGAGAACAUGUCUUUGAAGCGGGCAGUGACGGUGGGCAUCCCUGCUGAGUGGAAAAUUGGUUCAUAUGUACACGGCGGCAUCAGCACCCAGACCGAGGUAGCCAUGGGCCGUUAUGGAGCCCUGGUCAUAUUUCAGGGUGGAAAGGAAGGAGAGCAGGAAAUGCUAGGUCGUAAACUGGGACAGCAUAUAGUCGGAGAGUCCCCUUUGUCUCUGGGUAACAUGGAUGACCUGCCCUGUGGCGAAAGUGAGACAUGCCUGCUGCCUCAGACCUUCCUGGCAGACCCCAGCAGGACUGUGGCACAGUUCCUCAGAGGUCAGCAGGCUCGAGUGCUAGACUUUGUCCGAUUUCAAUGCGGCGAGACGACUGAAGACGCAGAAUGAAGAGAGGGGAAAUUGUUCAUCCAGCUGAAUUUGACAUGUCUUUAUUUUGUGUGUGAAUAUAAUUCAGGUUUUUGUGUACUCUAAGACUGAGGCAUCACAGUCACACAGCAUCAUGAAUUUGAAAGAGUAUGUGCGCCCACAAACACUGGUACCUGAUGAAAUGACCAAUCCAACAAUAAAAUCUUUUUCCUGAAAAACCUGUCUUAGUAUUUAAUUUUAUACACUAUUCUGUGUUCUGUAUUUUGACACAUAAAUAUAAAUUUUUUAAUGAAAAGGUUUAGUGGUUUAGUAAUUAUUUUCAAAAAUUAUCAAAAAUUAUCUCUAUAUAUGACGAACCUCUUGCUUUGUAACCUAACUGAA